AUGGAAACACCGUCGCAAGAGCCGACGCAGCAGAAUACGCAGCAAGUGAUUGAUCCGCGACGCUUAGGGCGAAAUAACUCCGGACUCAACAGCAAGGAUGUGGCCGAUGUGCUCGUCAUCUUGCAUCCAGCUUCUCCCGGAGCAAUGAGGGUUGUCGAAGAGGCGGCAGAGAACAGGCGCCAGCAUGUCCUCUUCCACAGUCCCUUCGACUCUGAUGAUGACCUCGUUGAUAUCGAAGAGCAGGAGACUAUCAUCAUUGAGAGGCCAGAGGCUCGUCUCGAACACACCCCACGAGCAGGUGCUGACCUCGCCUUGCGCAUGUCGUCCCGCCUUCUGAGCCCAAGUCUCGGCUUUGUCUUUGGCCGCAACCCAGCCAGCUCGGACGUCGUCAUCGGCCAAGACUCCGCAAAACGCAUCAGCAAUCAGCAUUUCCGAAUCUAUCUCAAUGCCGACGCUGUCUUGAUGGUCGAGGACAUGUCAACUAACGGGACGCUCGUCGAUGAAGUGCUGUUGAAAAGUAGGGAUCCGAGGCAGCCUAAAAAGCGAAUGCUUAGCUCGGGCUCCAUCAUCUGUAUUAUCACUGCUGGGACCGAGAUGAUCAAGUUUGUCGUUCGUCUGCCCUCUCGCGUGUCUCACGCAGAUCAGUUCGAAGAGAAUUUGAGGCAAUUCAUGGCGCGGUGCGCUCAGCCUGGACAGCAGGGAGAAGCUCUACAGCGCCUCCCUAGACGGCAGUUUGGCGGACCCACCAUGAAGUGGGAUGGUGGUGAUCGCUACAACAUCAUCGGUCAAUUGGGAAAAGGAGCAUUUGCGACGGUCUACCAACUCGCCACAAAGAUGGAAGGAAAAUUGGUCGCAGCCAAAGAACUGGAAAAGCGUCGCUUCAUGAAGAACGGGCAACUGGACAAGAAGAUCGACAACGAAAUGAGAAUCAUGCGAGACUUACGCCACCCCAAUAUUGUCGAAUUCAUAGAGUACUACGACUCUGGGGACUACCUGUAUAUCAUCAUGGAAUUCGUCCGACAUGGCGACCUCCAGAAAUACUUGACCCAGCACGGCAGCCUGACGGAAAGGCAAGGCAAGAUCAUGGCCCAACAGAUUCUGAGCGCACUCAGCUACCUCCAUCGAGCGAAGAUUACACAUCGAGAUAUCAAGCCAGACAACAUCCUGAUUGCAGAGUUGGAACCCUUCACACUCAAGCUCUCUGACUUUGGCCUGUCAAAGGUGGUCAAGCAUGAGGAGACCUUCCUCAAGACUUUCUGUGGCACGCUCUUGUACUGCGCACCCGAGGUUUUCCCAGACUUCGACGCAAAGGCGAAGAAAGGGACGAAGCGAACUCGUGGAUCUAAGCAACAGUUCCACUCGUAUAGUUCCUCCGUGGACAUAUGGUCCUUUGCUGCAGUCCUCUGGUUUGCCUUGUGCGGUAAACCUCCUUUCGAAGGCAUCGCCGAUGCUACGGGCCAGGCCAUGUACAACAAUAUCAUGACAACCCCCCUCGACUCGACUCCAUUGAGAGAUGCAGGAAUAUCGGAGCCUUGCAUCGAUCUUCUCAGUAAGAUGCUGCAAACCGACCCUGCGCUCCGUCCAACGGAUCGCGACUGCCUUAAUCAUAGAUGGCUGAGGGAAGGCGCUGUGAUACCAGACGAUCCGACCUUGCAGUCCAUUGUUGAGGAAGACGAAUCGGAGAUAGCCGAGGAGCAGCUAUCCCAACUCCAUCUUCGUGACGAGAUACAAGAGUCUGAUGACGAGGUGGACGAUGUCCUAGAGGACGACGAAUUUGAUCAGCUCGUCAGCGAUAGGGACACCAAAAGAGUCCGUACGGAUCGCCUUUUUCCACGCCAUCAGAUGCGGGAUGUGGAGGAUUCGAGUAUGGAUGCAUCGUUUGGUUCUGAAGAUCCGCUCGCAAGCGGGUACAUUGUGGAAGAGAGCUUCCAUGUCAUACCUCGAACGCCAGGUCGACCCCGCCUGUUCGGUGAGAUUGGGCAAUCUGCUCUCGAAAGCUCUGGAAUUCUGAGUAUCCAUGCAAAUGAAGCCCUUGUCAUGCACGCAGCUGUCGAUCAGGAUUCCACUGAAGGAGAACGUGCACAAAGUAGUACACCGCAGGAAAAGCACACACCAGGACAGAAGCGGCCACAGAACAAUGGGGCUUUCUCUUCACCCAGUCUCCUUGGAGCAGAGUCGAUGGUGCGAGAGUUGGUUAUGGCCUCACCUCCGUCCCCAGUGUCAGGAGCUCACAGCCCAGAUGAACCGGCCACUCCAAAAACUCCGGACUUGCCACAGCACAAAUCCUUGGAAAACCGCAGCCUCCUUUCGAGUCAUAACAGUGAAGCUACACCCAAAGCGAAGCCACCGGCGCUGAAUCGUCAAAUCAGCCUGCCCAAAGGCCCGUCUUUCUAUUGGGAUCCGUAUGAUGAAAGCACGCAUACGUUGGAAUACGCUUCGAAAGUGAGUGGCAUCGAUUUUGUGAAUGGGGUUGGCGAAUCGAAGAAUAAGACCUCAUCCUUGCCGGACACCAUCCAGGGUUCCAUUGACAGCGAUGGAGAUUCAUCUCAGCUCACCCCGCAGGCCAAACGUGAACCGUCCGUGGAUGGCCCAUCUAAUCCAGAUAUUCUUGCGCCUGUCGAGAUAUCCAUCAAGCCCCCGCCGCGCAGGUUGGGUAAGCUCACAGCUACGACUGACUCCUUCGCACCUACCCUCACGCUGGCACUUGACCAUGCCAAUACGUCCUGGGGCCGCGCUCCAGGUGGCAAGCCGCAUGUGUACGCCCAUGUGUACACCAAUGGCCAGGACACGCGCGUUCCCAAAUCAGCCUUCCUCAUCUUCUUCUACAGCUCCGAAGGGAAUGUUGAAGAGCUCUCGCAGGAAGGGGAAGGCUGGAGAACCCUCAAGGACCUCCGAGCCGGGAUCACCACCGGUGCAAGAGCGGGCAUAUGGAUCAACGGCAAGCGACUUCAAGCGCAGGACGAUAAAGGGCGCACGCUGUUUGGCCACCUCUACAGCGGCGAUGUAAUCUCUGUCUACCAGGACACUCGCUCGCCGGAGUGUCUGAAGUUCAAGUGCGAGUUCUAUGUGGGAUUGGCGAAGCAGCCUCGUCCGGCUACCGAGAGCUUUCAGGUCAUGGCCGGAUUUCCCAGGGUAGGUCCCAAAGUGACAUCUGUCCCAUCCCAAACACCACCUCGCAGCAUCGGGUCAGCAACGUCGCGCGACCAGCACUUUUCCAAUCCCUCGCUCUCCCGCUCCUACCUUGCUUGUUGCGCCGCAAUUAUGAGGAACUUCUGGGCACUUCCGGCAUUCCUGCGCCUUGCGAUAGCAGCUCCGCAUGCCUUCAGCGUGUUCGACGACUUGCUCGCGUUUCCUCAGUAUGAGAUCGAAUUUCCCGAUACCUACAUAACAGAGAACGCAGCAUUCUCUCUCCUCUCCCAGUCUCAAUCCCAGACCCCAUCAUCCACACCACCGAACUCGCAAGAGACGCAAGAGCUCUCCAAGCCCGAUAAACAGGCUCCUCCCAGCACACCCGAUGAUCCCGCACCGCAGGAGAUAUAUGAAGCUGUAGUACACGAGGGACGGCGCUACCUCUGCAGCAUCCCCAUCAUCCCCGAAGAACAGCCUCAAAACUCAACGACGACACCCGAGCAAGCGAAAGCGGAGGAGCAGAAGGAGCUCAUGCGCGCAGCGGACAGGGGGUGGAAGUUACUCGAGGGGAUGGAGGAGAACUGUAUUUACUACCUCAGCGGUUGGUGGAGCUACAGCUUCUGCUACAAUGGCGAGGUGAAGCAGUUUCACCAGCUACCGCCGAGUAGAGGCGUGCCGCUGUAUCCGCCGGUGGAGGAUCCGAGUGUGAAGAGUUAUAUCCUGGGAAGAUUUCCGAAGAAGGAGAAGGUGGUGAGGAAGGCGGGGGAGGCUCAGAAGACAUUGGAUGCGGAAGGGAGUGGGAAGGAGGAGGAGAUGGACGAUGAAGGGAAUGUGAAGGAAGCUAGGAAUGGAAAGGAUGGGCUAGGGUCGGAUGUUGCGAGGCUCGAGACCAAAGGGACAGCGAGGUAUAUGGUUCAACGCCUUGGAGGGGGAACCGAAUGUGAUCUCACCGGCAAAGAGCGGAAGAUCGAGGUUCAGUUCCACUGCCAUCCAGCGAAUGGUGACAGAAUCGCGAUGAUCAAAGAGACCAGCACGUGCUCAUAUCUCAUGAUCAUACACACACCGCGACUAUGCAACGACGUCGCCUUCCUCCCCCCUCAAGAGAACCUCGCGCACAAAAUCUCUUGCCGAGCCGUCAUUGGCGAAUCCGAAGUCGACUCGUGGACCCUGGAGAAGCUGGAAGGCCGCAUCAAAGAAGCGGCGCGCCUCGUCGCCAUCGCCACCGAGAAUCCCCUGCGCGAUAUGACCGAGGGUGCCGAGGGCAACACCAAGCGAAGACCCAUCGUAGGAGGCGUGGAAGUCGGAGCCAAGAAGCUGGUUGGUAGCGAGGGGAAGGUGAUUGAGAAGAGCAUUGUUGCGGGUGGCGGCAAGGAGACUCACCUGGCUACCAUCGCUACUUCUGCCGGCUUCCAGAUGAGUAAAGAGGAGAUGAAGAAGCUGAGUAUUUCCGAUCCGGAUGAGGUGGAGAGGUGGAAGAACCGGUUGGCGAAGUCGGCGGGGCAGAAGAAGUGGAAGUUGGAUCUUGUGCAGACGCCGACGGGGAGGGAGUUUAGGUGGAUUAUUGGUGGGGAGGAGGAAGAUGAGGAACCAAAGGGAGAGCAGAAACCUGGGAGUGGGUCGGCUAAGAAGGGGAAAGGAGCUGGGAAAGAGGCUGAGAAGGGCGCAGAGAAGAAGAGCACGAAGAAGAAGGGGAAGCAAGGGAAGGAGGAGCCAGAAGAGGCACAGGAGGGAAGUGAAGAGGUGUACAAAGAUGAACUAUGA